UCAUAGGGUCUGGGUUUAAUUCUUCUUAAAUUUUUUUCAAUCGGGUACAAUUCACCUCUCCUGAUUUCACUUCAUUUCCGUGUUCCACUACGUUCGACUGAAAUCGUCGGACAUCGCUGGAAGAACUCUCUGUGUAGCGACUAUGGCGGUCGAUAGUAUACCUCCUCUUAUCGGAACACAGCUCAAUUAUCUGCUCAGUCACUCUCCUUCCGCCAUCAAGGUUGAGCAGAUUUGGUCUGGUUCUAAAAAACCUAGUUUGCUUGAUCGCUUCACCUUAGUCAUCCCCUUUUGCCUCGACUACAUCAAAUGGGAUGUUAUAUACAAUGCAAUGUAUCCAUUGGCGGCACCAGAUAUCAUCUUUGGACCUGAGGAUGUAAGCUUUCGUCCAUUUCCUAUGUUGGGUGAACAAGGGGAUUCGAAGUCUGCGAAGAAUAGUUUGUCUGAUUGGAACCCCAAAGAUCCAACUCGUCUGUUGUCCCUUAUUCUUGAACUUAGGGAGUUGUAUAUGGCAUAUCAGAGGAAACGCGUUGGAGACGUUGAUGAUGAUAGGUUGAAAUUCGAAAUUAGCACUAUUUUUUCAAGAGAGGGCAUUGAAAUGCAUAUGAGCUCAGGCGUUGACAAGACAGAAGAGGUAAAGUUUGCUGUGCCUUUACUGGACAUGGACAUAAGUAAAAUGAUCAUCGGAUGCUCUUGGCGACAUCAACAGAAGAUAUACUUACAGGUUAUAUUUCCUGUCGGUAGAAAAUAUUCAGCUCCCCCUUCAGCCCCACGUUUAAAAUUGGUUUCUUCUCCUGACUUGAAGGCUCUGUUUUCCAUUGAAGAUUUCAGACUUCCUCCAUGGUUGGAUGGAAUGUGCAUGGCUGAAUAUCUUCCCAGUUUAGAAGAGAUGCUUGAGUCUCAGAUUAGAGAUGCAGUUUCAUCUAUUGAAGUUAGAAGGAAGUUUAUUAUGGCACUACCUCCUCAUUUUGGAAGGCCAGUGGAAGCUGAUCCAGUUUUUUGCAGAAAGGCAACAUUUCUAGCUGCCUCUGGGGUGUUCAUAUUUCUGGUGCAUUUUUCCCUUCCACUUCAGUUCCCAAAGCAACGACCUGUUCUGAUGCUUCAAAGUUCUCAGCAUUUCAGCUCCCAUGGUGCACCCAUCAAGUCAUCUCUGCUGAAUGAAUAUCCAUGGAGUCCUAGAUGGGAAGCAUCAGAAAUGGCCGAGCGGAUCUUCAAUUUUCUGGUAGAAGAAUGUUUGAGCUUCAAGAAGUAUUGCAAUGAGAAUAUUGUUCAGCAACGCUAGUGUGAUCUCGCAAGGUUUGUAAUCUUGUCGAUUUGAUGCACUAAUAUGUGCAUCACGUAGAAUGAAUCUCUUGUAUGACCUUUCGGUAUUAGUGUCGAUUGCUGCUGCAUUAGGUCUGGUUUGUGUCUAACGAGGCAUAGUAUUGGAAAUUUGGCUCUCUUUUUACCACGGCGUUAUUGUCUUUAAAGCCUAAUCAAAUCAAACACAGGUUCUGCUCGACACUAGUUUGAAAUGCUUUUGUAAUAUGAUGAAAAUAUUCAAGUGUAUUUCUCAUUUGUUUGCUAUAUAAUCGCAUAUAUUCAAUG